UCCGAAUGGUUACGGAGUCGAACGGAUUUAGCACGAUGAAAUCUAAACACGUGUGUCGUCUGUGUUAAGAUAUGGGGCAUAAACUUGCCAUGUAUGUUCAUGAGAAUGUACGUGCCUUGCGUACAGGGAUACAAGAAAAAAUCAUGGACUUUUAAUAAGCGAUUAUUCUCAGAUAUUGGACUUGUUUGUGUGGCUGUUACAUCAUUGUUGUGUGUAUUGUUCCUCCAUUACCAGCUAUCUACCUCAGAUGAAACUGAAGACCAUCAGAAAUUUCUCCCUACCUUUCACAGACAGAUCAGAAGUGCAGGACAGACAGGGCACCGGGGCAGUUCCAGGAGAGUCCACACAGAAACGCUGGUGCCAUCCUGGUUACAACACUACUGUUAUGGACGUCCACCAGGCCAAAUAUCAACAGGUCCUACACCAGAAGGAUUCAGCUUAGAACAGGUCCACAUUCUACUCACACCUGGCAUUACAUCCUCAGAAAAUAUCCCAAAUUGUGUCAACGUUCCAGAGAGCAGGCAGUACACAGCUGAUGUUCAUCACCUGAAAAACACAGCUCUUCACAAAGUUUUUCAAAAUAUCCCCAGCACAAACAGCAGUAUUCAUUGUAAGAAGGAAGAGUUGCAUCCCUUGGCUCAUUAUCAGCUUCACGAGUUAGGGAAGCAGUACUUUUCACUGUAUAUGGAAAAAUGGAAUAUUGAAGCUAGUCACGUUGCCCCUAAACAUUUUAGAAUUCAAUCACUAGAUAAAAAAGACAGUUUGUCAAGUCUCACAUCAUUUCUGCAUGGCAUGUUACCACAGACACAUUUUAAAAAUGUAGAUAUUCAGAAGUUAGAUGCAAUCACUAAUGUGUCUAAAAGACAGAAGAUAAAAUUAGGAUGUAAUUUUCAACCCAAUUUGACUGACUAUCUUGAUCAACACUUUAUGAAACACACACAAGCAGACAAUGGAACUGGCCAUUUUUACUCCAAUGUCCUCCCAAAUGUUUGCUCUUCAUUGUCUCAAAAAUCCAGAAAUAUUACUGCAGACAAUAUUGUCCAGAAUUCCUUGCUUUUAUUGGACAAAGGAAUGAAAUCCUGCAGUGGUCAUCAAAGAUGUCAAAAGCUGGCAGAUCUGCAUACAUUCCCGUGGUUACAAGAGCUUGUUAGAAAUGUCAGGAUGAUAAGAGAUGUUUUUGAAAAGGUGUUUAUCUAUGCUGUUGAUAGGGCCUUUAUUUCAUACUUGAUGUCAUCAUUUAGGUACCGCAAUGUCAAGGUCACCCACCCAGGGUCACAUGCUUCUAUAGAAAUAUACAGAAAUGUUUAUGAAAAGGUCAAUCCUUACUAUGUGAAAAUAUUGUACAAUGGUAUCGAUAUUUCUCAUCAAGUUCCACUAUGCACAAAAAUACACCCAUGGAGUUUGUGUAAACUCAAGUACUUUGUUGAUUUUCAAAAGCAGAAGUACAAGUCUUUGUUUAAAGCUAGUCCCAUGUUACAGAAAAGUUGUCAUUUCUCUGUUAUAUGAAUGUCUCUAUUUAUUAUUAACAUAUUACUAGUUGCAAUGUGUUGAAUUUCAACUUACAAGAUAGUCUGUAUGAUCUGAAAUUUUAUUCCUUUCCAUCUUUCCCUUGUUAUUCUGUCCUUUUUGAAUGUAAAAUAAACAGCUUGUCACCUUUAAAAUAAGUUGCUAGGAAGUCAAUUUUCUCUGAGUCUUAUUCUUGCAAAGGAGACAUUGCUUUAAUUAAUGUAUAUCUCAAAUUCAAACUGAUCAGUUGUUUGUGUGAAUAACAUGAUGUUAAAGUGAAUGGGUUUUAAACCAUUACAUCAAGAACAAUUAUGAGGAGGUUUAGAUCUGAAAUAUAGUACAAAUAAUGUGGUUUAUAAAGAAAUGGGUGUGUGGAUGCAUGUAUAGUAUCUCAUUUAAACAUGUGAUGUUUAAUGAAAUGACACAAGGAACAUUGUAUGUGUGUAGAAUUGUAGAUCUGAAAUGUAUGAAAUUAUUUAAGAAAUGUUUUUGCAUAGUAUCGUUAAAAAAAUGUUACCGUAUUUCAGUGCGGUUAAUAUCAUUGGAAACUGUAAAUGUAUUGGUGCAUUUGUUUUCAUAAAUAUUUAACAUGAUUAAUGAAUGUUCAAAUGCUUAUUUCAUGUUUAUUCUUUUGAUUUGCUCCAAGGUGCUUUCAGUAGACCAUUUUAGAGCUUUUUCUCAUGCUAGAAAUUUUCUUGAAACAGGUUACCUGGUACAGCUAUAAUAUAGUUCUAAGGGAUGAAUUUGACCAAAAGUGAAGGAAAAUAAAUCUGCCUUUGAAAUAUUGGAGCAAUGGUGUUAGGUCGAUUCCUAACUUUAUGAGAAUGAACAAAGAGAGAUAAUUCUAAAAUACCUUUAGAUACUUCUCUUUGCAUCAAACCUAAUAUUGAAUUGCUAAGAUCAUGUAACAGCUAUUCUCGCAAAUAUUGUCAGUUUUGAAGUUAAAAUUACUAUAUAAGAGAUCUAGCAAUGUGAAUGGUUCAAAAUGUCUAGUGUUGCUUUUUUGUGUGUAUAUUUUGAUAGCAUUUUUACAAUGAAAUCUAUUUUUACAAUGAAUUCUAUUGAAUUCAGUAUCAGAUGUAUUAAUUCAAUGACGAAUUUAUUGUUGUUUUUUUUUUUAUUUUUCAUGUAUGUAUUUUAUUCUACAUGUAUUUUAUUUAUUAACUAUUUUUGAUUGUCAUGAAUUCUUUUGAAUUCAAUACAAGAUGUAUUAAUUCUCAUACAAUCAUUUUUGUUUUAUCGAGUUUGUACUUACUACAUAAUUUUGCUUCAUGCUGUCUUUCUGUUGUGUCUGGUAGUAAUGUAUCAUUAAGGUGUACAGAGAUAAAGUGUUGAAAUUAAUGUGAAUAAUUAUUAAUGGAAUGAGACCUUGAUUAUCUUAAUUAUUUAUGAAUUAAGAAGAUGGAUAUUUUUGAGCAUUAUUUUUAAUUUUUUUUUUUAUUCAAUUGAGAGAGCAACCUUUCUACAAAUAUAAGAUGUUACAAAGAAUUAUAGUCUUGAACAAGAGGAAUCAGGGAAAUUCAUUAUGUGGGUCAAUUUACUACAAGAAUAUUUUCAACUUAUAACCAUAACACAUUUGCAUAGUUUUAUUUAUCAAGUUGUUGCUUAAUUUAAUCAAUUAUUGUAUCAUUUCUUUUUAAUGAAAAAAAAGGGCAUGAACAAAGCAUAAACGCAAACAAGUCAAUGCCACACAUCAGUGAUGUCAUAAUAAUUAGUAUUACAGCAUGUAUAACAUUAAAAAUCAGUUUAAUAUGGCAGUAUAAAAUGCUAAUUAGUAUUAAGACUAUUGUUUUAUGUAUUGCAUAAUUAACCAGUGUCACAGUAUUUUUCAUGUAUUGUACAUCCUAUUGAAAAAUUCUUAAUACCUCAAGCAAUAUUAUGAGAAUUCAGGAUCUUGACAACUAUAAAAACAUUAGUCAUCAUAGACGUGUUCAUGAAAAAGAGCAUUUAGCCUUGUUUUGUUUUGUAAUAUUUGCUAGUUCUUAGCUCUAGACUUCAGGAUGAAUUCAUGUCAUUUAGUGAACUGAAAGUUUACUGCAAAGUGACUGGAUGACAGAACUUCCCUGAAAGUUACUGCAAGUUGGCUGAAUAGCUGAACUUUUGUCGAAAAGUUUACAGCAAGUUGACUGAAUAGUAGAGCUUGGCCUGACAGUUUAUUUUAAAAUUUACUGAAUAACGGAGCUUUGCCUGAAAGUUGACUAAAUAGCAAAGCUCUGACUGAAAGUUUACUACAAGUUGACUGAAUAGCACAGCUCUGUUACCCACACUUACCCACAUUUUGACCUUUCAGUGAUCACUCAGUUGCCUAAAUGGCAGAUUUUCAUUCUGUGUGCAAUUUACGUUUCAGUCUGUUUUGAUAAAAAUGCUCAGGUAUUUUUAUAUUGUAUUCUACAGUCAAUUUGUUUGUGGGGCUAGAUAAAGAAAAGAUCAGGAAUAUUAGCAGGAUACCUCUUUUGUUUAAAUAAAUCAGAAGAAUUAUAUACUUCUAUGGUGCAUUUUCAUUGUUCUCAUAUGCAUGCAUGCAUAAAAUACAACAGUUGCUCAGGUUUUAGUUAUAAGAAAUUGAUCUGCAAAUAUUUCACUGCAAUUAGCAUUUUAAGUUAAUUUUUGACUUGAUUUUGUGUAAUUCCUGUGAUUAUUUAUGUACAAGUACUAAUUUAUUGUUUUUCUGAGAGUAUACCAGUGCUAAGUUGAUUGUAUGUCAUGAUCUGUUGUGGAGUUGAACAAAAUAAUUGUUAACUCAUCAUGAUGUACUGCAGUUAGGAUUGUUAUUUGCUUGUUUUAAAAAACACAGUUUAUUCAUGAUGAAAAACAUCAAAAUAAACUAUAAAAAUUA